CGUGUUAGACUUUAAUUUCCUAAAUUCCACUUAUGUCCUUCAUCCCCUUUAUCCUAUAAAAGGACCACCACCACUUUGCCUCUGCAUUUGCAAAAUCAAAGCACACAGUAAUGGCAACACUAGGAGGAAUUAAGCAAUCCAAGGGAUUUGAGAACAGUGUAGAGAUCGACAGUCUCGCUCGAUUCGCCGUCGAUGAACACAACAAGAAACAGAAUGCGGUUCUGGAGUUUGGUAAGGUAGUGAAUGUGAAGGAACAAGUGGUUGCUGGUACUAUAUACUAUAUUGAAUUGGAGGCCAACGAUGGUGGUCAGAAGAAAGUCUACGAGGCGAAGGUGUGGGUGAAGCUAUGGAUGAACUUUAAGGAGUUGCAGGAAUUCAAGCUCAUCUCCGAAGUCCCUUCGGCCUCUAGUGCUUAGCUAGGUAAUUACAGUUAACGUUGGCUUGCACCUAAUAUUGAAGUACAUGCCGCGUUGGACGAAUGACCUAUAUGUCCAGAUAGGUCUAAAUAUGUAAAUGGUUAUUUCGAUUAAAUAUUAUGUCAUCUGUGCAAUCAUAUUUCCUAUGUAUUGUGCAAUUAUGUGAUACUCUUCUGAAAUAUCGAAUCCCGAUAAAUAAAUACAGUUAUGUAACUAUGUUGUGGUUUGUUA